AUGACGGCUGAUGCUGUUGACAGCCACCCGAGGCAGGGCAAUGGAGAUUUUAGCCCAUACUUGGAAAGCGAGUCAAAUUUACAGAGGAGGGUGGACUUAUUUUUCCUUGUGGAUUCUAUUGCUCAAUACUCCAAAGGUCUAAAAGCCAUUCAAGUAAUUUUACCUCGCCUAUUAGCCGCUGCUGUCCCUGCUGGAGCUACCACACAAGAAAAUCGGAGACAGUGCUUAAAGACGAUCCUGCCGGAUUCAAUUGUUCGGCAGCAUAUAAGAGAACUUGAUUCACAUAGUAUAGUUCCUGCUUGCCUCUAUUCCCGGCGCUCAGCUAGAACAGAGAGGUCGUUGGAUGAUCCUGUGAGAGAUAUGGAGGAAAUGCUGGUGGAUGAAUAUGGAAGUAAUUCAACUCUCCAGCUCCCUGGAUUUUGCAUGCCCGUAAUGCUUGAGGAUGAGGACGGAGAGAGUGACUCGGAUGGAGGGGAUUUUGAGUCUGUCACCCCUGAACAUGAAUCCAGAAUCCUUGAAGAAAAUGUCUCGUCCUCGACUGCUGAAAGGCAUACGCUUAUACUGGAAGAUGUUGAUGGCGAGCUUGAAAUGGAAGAUGUGGCUCCUCCCUGGGAAACUGGAAACUGCACGCUCACUGGCCAAGCCGAUAAUACAAUAACGGCUACCAAUUGUCAGCCUAGACAACAGCAUCCGACUGUCUCUGGCAUUUCACAUCAGCAUGUGUCCUUGUCUUCUCCACCACUGCCAUCUUCUUCGCCACCACCUCCCCCGCCCCCACCAGCUCCCACUUCACAGCAAGCUCAGUGUGCCAUGUCUGAUUCCUACUCAACUGGCUUUGACAGUGGGAGAUCAUCAGGCUGGUCCUCAAAGAUGAAUCCGCCAUUGGCUGGAAACACAAUGCAUUAUCAAGGCCAGGAGUCAUCUUAUAGUUCCGGUGUACAACUGACGAAUAGCAUGCCACAGGCAGAUGGUUCUAAUUUCCAGCCUAGGCCUUAUCCAUCUCAUCCACAUCCCCCUCCUCCUCCACCACAGCAUCAAUACUCAUAUACAGAGCUGGACCACCAUACGAAGUCGCGUAGGGAUGGUUCCAGAUAUCAAGACAAACACAAAGGCCCAUAUCCAUCCAGUUCAUACAAUGGUGGCCCUCCACGUGAGUCUGGAAGGUUCCAAAACCACCGGUGGAAUCAUCCUCCUCGUGCGUAAACAACAGACACUCUUUUCACCCUAAGCCGCAUUCUGAAGGACCUGUUCCAGUUGGAAUGAGAGAUCCAGGCAUGUGGCAUCAGAGAGGUGACUAGAGAAACUUGAGAGACAGAGACGGAAAGUAGUAAAGAGGAGGGUGGUGUGAAGCUAGUAGCAAAAACACCAAGGUGAUGUGGCUCUAAUUUAGAAAAGAGAAUUGCUAGCAAUGGAAGUAAAGGGUUGUUGAGAGGAAAACGUGAUAUGAUGAAGAAGUGAGUGUGUACAUAUGAUAUGAUGUUUCUUUUGGAAUCAGAACCUCAUGCAAAGCAGAGAGAGUGAGAAGAUGGGAGAAAAAAGAGGCGAGUUGUAGAGAUUGAGAAGAGUUUAAUAUCUUUGUGCUCUCCUUUGCUUUCUUUACUGUUAUUUUUUGGUUGUUGUCAACAUUAUUUGGUUAUGUGGGUUUUUGACCUUGGAGUGUAUGAUGUAUAUUCUUCAUUCUCUUAAGAAUAAUUAUAUUCCAAUUGAAUGAAUAGUGUUUACUUUGACGCCUGUGGAAUUGAUUGGGUAGAUAUCGUUGCACAUGAAUAAGAAUAAUGUGAAUAAGUG